AAAGUAUAACUUUAGUUGUUCCAAAAACAGCAUGUGAUAGUACACUUAGUACAAUUUAAAUUGUGAUUUUCUACAAUUGAAUUGCUAUUAAAAUACAGUAAGCACAAAAUUAGUUGUUCCAAAAUAGAAUACUUCAAGUUAACUAAUCCUUAGCUGGCUUGAAGUAUAUUGAUGAUUAUGGCUUCCAGUAUGCUAAAAUUGAACAUACUUAAUAAAUAUAUUUUUCCUGCUGACUGUUUUUCUUUUUUUCCCGUUUUUUUACGACUGUAUUUUCAGGUUAAACCUCAAUAUGGCUUCAUGACUGAUCUGAUCUAAAAACAGUGUCAGCAACAGUGAAGUUGCAAAAAUUACAGAACAUUUGAGUCUAUUAACUUUUGAAGAUUCUCUGCGCGUUCCUGGAGAAGAAGUGUGCGUGGGUAUGUUGGAGCGCGCUUGUCUCGGGUACGCGCACUCCAGUGGAGCUCUCAGCUAGACAUGGCGGCGGAUCCAAAGCCGGACUGGCUCUGCUGUCUUCCCUCUUCUUGGAGUUAUGGAGUGACUCGGGAUGGACGCAUAUUCUUCAUUAACGAAGAAGCAAAGAGUACAACCUGGCUGCAUCCUGUUACUGGAGAGGCUGUGAUCACAGGCCACAGGAAAACUCCAGAUUUACCAACAGGAUGGGAGGAAGGAUACACGUUUGAGGGCGCUCGCUGCUUCAUCAACCACAAUGAAAGAAAAGUGACCUGCAAGCACCCAGUGUCAGGCAUCCCAUCACAAGACAACUGCAUCUUUGUUGUAAAUGAACAUCUGAAUAUAGGAAUGUUUGUUCACCAUUACACUGAAAGAUUCAUCAGACCAGCUCCAAAGGCUUCAGCAGAGCAGGAAAGCAGCACUGACAAGAAAGAGCGUCCCAUGAGCAUCAUGAGUGAGGCCUCUAACUAUACUGGUGGCUCAGAUUACAGCACCUUCCCUGGCAGCCCAGCUACCACUGUCACUACUGUCACCACCACCUCAUCUACGAGGCCUUCUAGGUCAUCCAAAAAAGUCCACAAUUUCGGCAAGAGAUCCAACUCCAUCAAGCGGAACCUUAAUGCCCCUGUGGUCAAGAGAAACUGGCUUUAUAAACAGGAUAGCACAGGCAUGAAGCUGUGGAAAAAGAGGUGGUUUGUGCUGUCUGACAUGUGCCUCUUCUACUACCGUGAUGAAAAGGAGGACAGCAUCCUGGGAAGUAUCCUGCUGCCCAGUUUUCACAUUUCCAUGCUGUCUGUGGACGAUCACAUCAGUAAGAAAUAUGCCUUCAAGGCCACUCACCCCAACAUGCGGACAUAUUACUUCUGCACAGACACCUCAAAGGAGAUGGAGUCCUGGAUGAAAGUCAUGACAGAUGCUGCACUCGUCCACGCUGAGCCGGUCAAAAGGCUAGACAAGCUGAACGUGGAGCAGCAGACACCUCAGCAAUGGAACAACUUGCUGAACCACACUGCCCUUACACAGCCUGAGAUCCAGAACAACGAACGGAACAGAGAACCUGUACGACAACAUUCACUUUCACGGGCCGAUGAAAAACGCUUGAAAGACAUUGAAAAACAGAAUAGCCAGAAGGAGAGAGAGUAUUACACCCUACAAAGAGAUGGAGAAAAGUACUCAUUAAAGAAAGAUGGAAUUAGCUACAUGCUUCAGAAGGACGGAGAUAGAUAUCUCCUUCACAAAGACGGAGAGCGAUACCUGCUGCGAAAGGAUGGGGAGAAAUACUCACUGCAGAAAGAUGUGGAGAAUUAUGCUGUUCAAAAAGUGAAUAAUAAAUAUACAGUGACACCAACAGAAGAUAAAUAUGCUCCUUCCAAAGAUGGUGAAAAGUUUCUACUUGCAAAAGAUGGAGAAAAGUAUGCUCUGCAGAAAGUUGGAGACAGACACAUGCUCCAGAAAGACGGGCAAAUUUAUGCUCCUGUAAAGAGACAGUUAUCAUUAAAGGAAACAGAAAGAUACAGCGCCAUGAGAGACACCGGAAACAAAUAUGGUACCAUACAAAUUGUGGAUAAAUACGGUAAUCUAAAGGAAGUAAGGAAGUACAGCACACUACGAGAGGGGAAUAAAUAUGCUGCUGUUACAGACGCAGAGAAGUAUGCUACAAUUCGUGCUGGGGAAAAGUAUUACUACCAGAGAGAUCCAAGUUCAGAAAGGUCUUUAAAUAAUAUCAACAGCAUUAAGCUUCAGCCUGCUCAAGCAGCUGCCAUUGCAGCUGCAGUGUCAGUAUCGCGCCAGAACCAGGCAAAUGUCAACGUCCAAAAACCUCUGCAAGUUAACAGGUCUGGAGAACAGCCUGGGGACUGCGGUCAGAUAAAAGCAGAGAACACUGUGGCCAGGGUUCCUCUGCAGGCCCCAGCUCCAGUUCAUGAGCCAGACUUUGGCAUACCCAGCUCCAGUUCCAUGCAACACCUGGAGCCGAGGGUUCGAGUUCACCGAACAAGAGAACUGGAUGAUGACUUGCGAAGUGUUAUGUCAUACCAGACAUUGCCCAGGAACAUGCCCAGUCACAGGACACAGAUCGUCCCCUGCUUCCCUGAGGGUUACCGCACACUGCCCCGCAACAGCAUGAUGAGGCCUGAUAGCAUCUGCAGCGUAACAGGCUCUGUUUACGAUCGGGCCCUCCGGCCAGUCUCCUCCACUAUCGGCACAGCAGAAAAGAGGCGAUCAAUGAGAGACGACACCAUGUGGCAGCUGUAUGAGUGGCAGCAGAGGCAGGCCUUCUCCAGGCAGAGCUUGGCACAACCAGCAGCUGUGGGUCAGUACGGCACCCUGCCCAGCACAAAGACCAUGGGAAACAUCUCUGAGCAUGCUGUGGCACGCUCCAUCUCCACCUCCCCGUCUCAUGGCAACCUGGCGCUCUACAGCAGCUUCUCCCCACCUCACCAGCAGGCUGCUCCUAACCCAAGCAGCUCACUCUCUGAGGUGUCCUCACCUGUCCUCAGAGGGGAUGGGACGUUGGAUCGCCGGCAAAGGUCUCACCUCAGCAUAUAUGGAUGUCCAUCAGACCGACGGUCUGUGGCAGCCUGUGUCUCUCCUGAAACAAUCACACCACAGACUCUGCAGGGCAAGACGCCUGAGGAGCUGACACUGCUGCUCAUCAAGCUCCGCCGGCAGCAGGCAGAAAUCAACAGCCUGCGGGAACAUACAGUAGCUCAGCUAAUGGCUCUGGGAAUAGAAGGGCCCAACCCCAAGACUGAUGUUCUCUCCCACCAUCUUCAGAGGAACCUUACUUACCUGGACAAGCAGACGAAGGAGAAUGAGCCUCUUAUCUUCAUGAUUCACACUAUGAUUGAGAACUCGGCGCCAAGGCCGCAACUCUACCAGCAAAUCACUCCAGAAGAUUUUAAAGACAGCUCUUUAAACCAGUCCAUUGACAAGGCUGAUGUAGAGACUAAGCUGAGCAGACUGUGUGAGAAGGACAAGGUGCUGAGGAUGCAGGAAGAGAAGCUGCAGCAGCUGCACAGGGAAAAGCACACUCUGGAGACGGUGCUGCUGUCAGCCAGUCAGGAGCUGGGUGAGCAGAACGGCUCCAACACAGCGGCCAUGCAGAGCCUGGUCCAACAAAGAGAUGUUCUGCAGAGCGGCUUGCUCAGCACCUGCAGGGAGUUGUCCAGAGUCACCGUCGAGUUGGAGCGAUCGUUGAAGGAGUAUGAGCAGCUGGAGGCAGAUGUAACUCUAGCCAGGACCAAACUGCUGGAGCAGCUGGAGGCCCUGGGCAGCCCACAGACAGAACCUCCAAGUCAGCGGCACAUCCAGAUCCAGAAGGAGCUUUGGAGGAUCCAGGACGUGAUGGAGGCUCUGUCUAAAACUAAACCUCACCAGAGAACAGAGUGUGGUUUUCCUGGUUCAACGCCUCUUUCCAGUCAGCAGAAAAAUGAGGCAGUGGCACCCAGCCCACUUAAAGAGGGCAGCAAGGUGCCCGCUCGCCCGCCCCUCCCUCAGUGCUAUGACUCAGAGUGCAUCCCUCACACCCUCCCCCACCACUCACAACCCGGCAGCCGAACCCUCCACGCUCACCGCCCUGAAGAGCGCAAGGCCAGCUCCAGGAAUGGAGCACACAGCCAAGCUCCAGACUACCGGCUGUAUAAGAGCGAGCCUGAGCUCACAACUGUGAAGGAGGAAGGAGACGAGGCCAACGGUGAUGAUAAGGACAAGACUGAGACAUCUACUGAAAGUAAAAACACCCCACCAUCCAAAGUGCCCCCUACAGUGGGUAUUGUUGCUCCCAGGACUAAAUCUCCCAUGAGCCCCCCUGAGUCUUCCACUAUCGCCUCCUACGUCACCCUGAGGAAAACCAAAAAACCUGAAUCUAGAUGUGAUCGUCCAAGGAGUGCUGUGGAUCAGAUGGGAUUUGGGGAGCGAGAUUUCAUCAGAACAAGGAUGAGUGUUGAGGAGCAGCUGGAGAGAAUGAGGAGAAACCAGGAGGCAUCUUCACUCCGAGAGAAGAGAAGAGAAACACUGUCACGCUCAUCUUCUUUCAACAAAGACAGCCCCCUCCUCCACUUGCAGCGUUGGGCGCAGACAGAAGUGGCCUGUCUGAACUCUGUGGAGCUUGAGACAGCGUUGCUGCAACUAAAAGUUGCUCAUAAGGAACAGACUGAAGCAACAUCAGGAGCUAACACUGUAGAUGGGCCACCGAUCUCACCACAGAAAGUACAGAGAACUGAUCGUGUGAAGGAUUCCCAGCAUGAAGAGGUGCAGCAGGAAAAGGCCAUGAACCUGCUGAUCAGAAACCAGACAGAGGAGCUGUGUGAGAGCCAGAGGGUGAUCAUUGUGGACCUCGGCACAGAACCAAAGCAUGUGGAGAUCGUAAACUUUCAGCCCUUUGAGGAUGAUGAGAGCAAAGGUCAAGAUCUGACCAGCUCUCCUACAAACACCUUAACUGAAAACAGUUUUCAGCCAUCAAGCCCUGAGCCUAAGGAACAGGAAACAGAGGAAAGCCUAACUCCCAGCCAGGAGGAGCACCUUGGGAAGAGUCUUGAUUCAUGCAAACAGCUGCCUGGAGACAGCAACACGCACAACAUCAACAGCAACAUGUCUGUGCAGACGUUUACCUUGGUUAGCAGCGACACGUGAGCAUGGUCAGCCUCAGAGUCCAAAACAACAUCCCAUGAAGCCCAAAUGUAGCCAACCAGCACGGAGCAUGUUUCCAUGGCUUUCUGCAUUCCUGACAGAACUACUUACAUGCCUGCACAGAGAUUGACACUCGGUAGUAGCAAUCAAUGGCUAGUGGGAAGUCUUUGAAUCCUGGCACAGACAGAGCUUGUUAUUCAUUAGUACAUUUUAGACAUUUUUCAAACUGAGAAGCUCCUUUUAUCCCCUAAACAUGUUUGCAUAAAAAAGAUUGUGAACUGGUUAUAGAUUAUGUUUUUACCAAUGGCAAACCCUGAGAUGGAUCAAAAGGGAACAAAAGUCUAAUUUCAGUGACUCUAUUCAGUAAAUAAAACAUAUAUCAAUUAAAUAUCACAAUAUCAUGUGAUAUCACAAUAUCACAUUGUUUUAGACUUUAUUUUUGUUAAUUAUAAGUUUCUGCUUAGAUCUAAAGAAAACAACAUUUAAGUUGAGAAUAUAUCAUACAUUGCUGUUAUUACAUUGCUAUAAUAACAGCAAUGUUAGACUAAUAGAACAUGCUUGAUUAGGACCACUGAUGGCAAUCCUUGUGCUUUUCUUAUCAGACACCUUUACUGUUUCUGUCCAUUACUCUUAGGAGUAUUCUAGAAAACAUGGCAAGUUAAACAUAUAAUGAAGAUUUCUGACUCGUGAAUCAUUUUCAGACAUGUUUAAAUUGCUUGUUUGAAAUUGAAGAAAUGAUGACAGCUCACUGGCAUCCUUCAUUAAGGGGAAACAACAAAGAAAUAAGGAUUGUUUUGGAUUUAGCUCCAUCCAUCCUCCCAUUAACUCUUAUCAGCUUCCCUUUCCUUUCCAGCAUAAGGCUGCUCUGGACUUUAUUUAGAGGGAUCAGAGUAAGGGGACUGAACCCAAAGCACCUCUAACUUUUUAAAAACAUGUUUUUUACUGGGGUUUUUUGUUUGUUUGUUUGUUUGUUUUUCUUUUUAGAAAUAAUAAUUUCCAAUUACAUCACAAUUAUGCAGAUUGGUCCACUGAAGCUUGUGGACCAUGUUUGUUAUAAGUACUUUCACAUGGCUCUUCCAAAGUGUCAAAAACCAAAUGGCCUACUGGUGAUACUAUGCCUCACUUUACAGUGAACUGAAUGAUGACAUACUGUUUCACAUUUUGUGUCAUCAUCCAAUCUUCAAUCUGGUUAAAAAUUUUUGAUUGAUGCCAUUGGAUGCCAUCAGGUCAAAAACAAAUCCUAGUGGCCCCCAGCUUUCCUUGACAGUAACGGUUCCCUCAAACCUUUGUAUCACCUACACCUGCUUCUUCUAGGCAUAGCACCAGGUGAGAAAACUGUGUGGUAAAAAUCCAACGCAAAUACAAGUUGAGUCCCAGACAUAUGGAAGCCUGGCCUUGGACCUAGCCUAGUCCUCUCCUUCCUACGCUAUUCCACUCGAUUCAAAUCUGACUUCAAAGCUCAGUCUGGGCUUUCUCCCAUUGACUUUGAUUCCCUCUAGUAGAAUUUCUACUAGCCCAAUCAGCAAACAGAAAGAGAAGUUUUAAGGAUGGCAUUGAUUUUCUGGGUAACACUUUAUUUGACGGGUUGUAAAUAAGACUGUCAUGACACUGUCUCAUGACAUGAACAUGAGUACAUCUUCAUGAAUAUUUAUGACUGUUGUCAUAAAGUGUCAUUCAGUAAAUCAUGACACUUUUGCAUUAUUCAAAAUGUCUUCAUUAUGACAACUUGACAUUAACCAAGAAUCAUGAUUAAUCAUGAUCUGACAUAAAUUUGUUAUAAAAGUAUUACUGAUUAAACUUUACCUUUAAUAACAUAAAGCUACAUAAUUUUUAAAGUUUAAUCAGUAACCAUGAUCAUCAUCAAGUUCAGUCCAUGUCGGCAGCUUAUUGAAUUAACUUUAACAGCCGUUUAACUUUAACAGCUCUCUUCACAGUGGAGGAUGGUUGUUUACAGAGCAGGCAAUUUCCAGUAAGCUUCUUAGUGUCCAACUGGCACAUUUUAUACAAACGUUUAAGACCUCAGAGCAAAACCAGGAAGCAGACCUUCUGGAUGAAGUAAACUGUAGAACAAGAAGCAGGCUAUCGCUGCCCCAAUAGAAACUCACAUUUUAGAAUGAGACACAAAAAUGCUAAAGUGUUCUGUAUGUCUCGAGUAAGUCUUUUCUGUAAUUGUUUCUCAACAAGGCCCCAAGCAAACACUUCUGGCCAUCUUAGAGCCACUGUACAAUCAGAGCUGCUGAAUAAGUGCAAACCAUUUCACAGUGCUGACACAAUGUGGAGCUUGUUCCUGGGGUCAUUAGAAUUUUGUUGCUAAAUGUUAAAGUACAGAAUAAGAAAUAGUGUGGGAAUUCUUGCCAUAUGUCUGCUGUUUAUGAGCUGCUGAAGGCGAGUGUACAUCCAUUUGCCUCCAAACACAUGCAGUGCUUAACUUCAGCCCCAAGUGACCACUAAAGUGUACUGAUUUUAAACUCAUUUUGAUUUCUGUCUUGUCUCUGCUAAAGACUUCCUGUUUUCAUAAAAAUACAACUUGUCCUUUGACAUAUGUGCAGAUAAAGUAUAUCAUAAAUUUAUCAUAAACAGCCAAUUUUCCUUCAAAAUGGUGCCACUUCAUGCUGCUGUUUUUCUCUUCUUUUGUAGAGAACUAACUCUUUUUGAAAUAUUUAUUUGGAUUGGGUGAUUUAAGUCUUGGUUGAGCAUGCAAAGUAUUAGAAUGCUUCUGAUUUUUGUCUGUUUUUGCAGCUUUUGUCUUCUGUUUUCCUCUCUCACUUUGGUUUGCUUAGGUAGCAAACAGUUUGUGAUUCUGUCCUAGAUGGUGAUACAUAGGAGAAUAGCACACGUAUGAAGCAAUAAGGCAGACUUUGGCGCUUCAGGACGAAUAAAUUUUAGACAUGUAUAAACUGUAAAACUAAUUCUAAAAAGAAGCAUAAUUUAUCUACAACCUGAAAAAGAGUGAAUAUUAAAGACAUUGUUAUUAUAAGGGUCAAUAUGCAAAAGGUUCAUACCCCAUCUGUUUUAUAUCAUGUGAAAUAAAUGUUGAUGUUCCUAAAGUU